GCAGCUAAUCCCACGGCAACUAGAGUCGCGGACCCAGUCUGUUCUGGAACCUUGUGCUGCGGAUGUAGAGAAGCGGUGCUGUCUGCUGCAAGCUGCGUAGACAGCGCAGCCUCGGUCAGAGGCACACCAUCCAUAUCCAGCAGGGAACGCGGAGGAUGAUGGUGACAGCGUCGGCCCAGUUGAGUUUCUCUCUCCGGAAAGGUUUGCUUAGUGUCUUUGCAAAGGCUGAGGAUCGGACUUCAUAACUAAGGCAGCUCAAUCCUUUCUGCAUAUUUAAGCUGGUUUCUGUCUCCCAGAGAGUAUCUGAAGGCUGAAGCUAAGCCUCCAAAGGAAGGUUCUCCACUACACCAAACAUGAUGACCUCCUCUAGCGAUUGAUUCCUCCUGAUGACAUGUCCAAAGCAAAUGUUCAGAAACCCAUGUGGCUCAGCACAAAUCAAACCAGCUGUGAUCUCCAGGUUGGAGCAGGGGGAGGAACCAUAGAUGGAGGUGGAAGAGAUCCUUGGGUGGAGCUUCUCAGAAGAAGUUCAGCAAGUUGAUGACCAAGUAGAUAGACAACAGGAACACAAAGGCAAACUUUUGAAGCAGGUUGCAUUCUUAGACAAGAAAACAUUGACCGAAGAGAGGCACCAUGAAUGUAAUGCACUUGAAAAAAUAUUCUGCUGGAAGACAAACCUUGUUCCUUCAAGACAACAAGCCCGUGAAUGUGACUCAUAUGGAAAGAGUUUGGAAUGUAACGUAGACUUACUUAGUCCUAACAGAUAUCUUGUGAGAAAGAAAUUUGAGUACGAUUUACAUGGGAACUUAUUUCUCUAUUCAAAGCUUGAAAAUACACAUUCCGGAGUGCAUCCUUGUGAAUGUAAUCAAUGUGAACAUGGGAAUGGCUACAGGGAGAAGGUUUUCCUCAAUAAACGUCAGAGAAAUCACACAGGAGAGAAACUCAGAAGAAACAACAAUUCUAGUAAAAUAUUCUCCCAGAAGACAAGCCUCUCUGUACAUGAGACAAUUCAUGCUGGAGAGAAACCUUAUAAGUGUGAAGAAUGUGAGAAAACCUUCUCCCACAACUCUCGUCUCAUAGAACAUCAUAGGUCUCAUACAGGAGAGAAACCUUACGGAUGCAGAGAAUGUGGGAAAGCAUUCUCCCGGAAGUCAUGCCUCAUUAUACAUUAUAGAAUCCAUACAGGAGAGAAGCCCUAUUUAUGCAGUGAAUGUGGCAAAGCCUUUUUCCAAAAGUCACACCUCAUUCUACAUCAGAGGACUCAUACAGGAGAGAAGCCCUAUGAGUGCAGUGAAUGUGGGAAAUUUUUCUCCCAGAACUCAUGCCUUAUUAUACACCAGAGAACUCAUAUGGGAAAGAGACCCUAUGAAUGCUCUGACUGUGGGAAAGCUUUCUCCCAGAAGGCAAAUCUCAUUAGACACCACAGAAUUCACACUAGGGAUAAACUCUAUGGAUGAAGUGAGAGAGAAUAUUCGUCAAGAGGUCACAGUACAUCUAGAAAUGAAAAAUUUUGGAUAUUCUGAAUACGGAAGAGCUUUCAGCAGGAAAUCCAGUGCCACUGUAUGCAGAGAUUAAUACCUAGGUGAAAUUCUACCAAUUUAGUGAACUAGGAAAAACAUGUUCUCUUAAAACUUGGUGUAUUCAUUUCCUAGGGCUGCUGUAAUGAAAUACCAAAAACUAAGUGGCUUAUAAAAACAGAUAUGUAUAGUCUUACAGUUUUGGAGGCUUCGGAUCCAAAUUCAUGGUGUCAACAGAGCCAUGCUCUGUCCACUCUAGAGAAAGAUUCUUCCUGGUGUCUUCCAGCUGCUGGUAGCCCCAGGUGUUUCUUGGCUUGUAGACGCGUCUUCGCAUGGCUGUCUUCUCCCUGCGUGUCUCUAUACGUUCUCCUCUUAUAAGGACAGCACUCAGGUAGGAUUAGGACCCCCCCACUCUGGUAUGACCUCAUGUUAACUGAUAUCUUCAAAGACCCUACUUCUAAACAAGGUCACGUUCACAGGUACUAGGGGUUAGGAUCUCAACAUGUAUUUUUGAGGGACACAGUUCAAUCCAUAACAAAAAGAUAAUGAUGCUCUAGAGUGAUGUAUUUUUACAAAAUACAUUUAAUUAUUAAGGGUAUCUAUAUUCCCUGUGGUUAGUAAGCUUUUUAAUAUGUGACUAAAUUAAAUCAUUAAGACAGUAGAUCUAAUAAGCAUCAGAGAAAUUCCAGAGACGUAUAGGAGUUAUGUUCCUGAGUAUGCUGCAUAAAAAUAAUUUUUUAUCUUUGAAACUGUAUUAACUGAAAAUAACUGUGAAUUUGUAGACACACCCACCAAAAUAUAUGAAAUGACAUUUACCAAGAUCUUCUACAGUAAAUUGUACCAUUUUGUCUUUGAAAUACACAUUAUAACUGGAAUAAUUUGGAUUUAUUAUUAAACACGAAGUCUAUAGUGCCACAUUCCAUUUCUCACUUAUGACAUCUUCUGAUAUCUCUCAAUCAGCUAGCUUCUAAGUUUUAUUUACAUUUAUAUUAAGUGUGUAAGGUUAAGACUCCCUGUUAUGAAAAUAUGGUAGACUUUAUCUAAUGUGAAAGCUUGUCCACUAUAAACAACCACAGAUAAUGGACAAUAAAAGACUAAUAUUCUUUUAAAUGUAUAAUUCAUCUUGCAAGAGAACAAGAGAUGUUUUCAGGUGCCAACUAUGUAGAGGGAACAGAAAACCAGAGAUUAAGUUUCUGAGUUGAUGCUGUAGCUGCCGUCUUUGAGUUUGGUUUUGUUUACUGAGAAGCUUGGGCAUUAAGAACUACAGGAGGACAACAAACAAAGCCUUGGGCCCACAUAAGGCAGGGAGUUGGCAUUGAAAUAACUAGUGAAUUCAUAACUUUCAAAAUUCUGCAUAUUUAGGAAAAAGGUGGACUAGGAAAAAAAAAUCUCCUUUGUACAGGAAACUUGUUGGUCUCUCAGUGAGCCCUGGGUAGGGAAAUAGUUCACUCUGAUGAUUCAUAAGCACUGACCUGCAUCUCACAGGAUUUAGAAUUUAGAAUUUACCCUAUUCAUGUGUUCCUAGUUGAAAAACAGACUAAUCAACAUAGAAAUUGGUCUUGGUCUUUGAAACAAUUUACAGGAGCAAAUACAAAAUAUUUUUGAAGUGAGAUACCCUUAACUCAUAUUUUUCAGGAUUUUGACAUAUAAACCCAGGAUGAAUUCAUAAUCCAAAAUUACAAAACAUGAGAAAAUAAUCCACAAUUAAAGUCAACAGAUAUUUCAGCAAAAUAAGAACCCCAGGGACGUUAGGUAAUAGAAGAAUCUGAAAAUAUAUAAAGUAUAUAUCUUUAAAAUUAUUAAAGACAAAGGAAUUGAAACCUUGUGAAAGCAAGACACAGAAAUAAGUGGUUUGUUUGGAAAAUAGAGUAUCUAGAAAUGAAAAAUAUAGCCACUAAAAUUUAAAACUCAGUUAACAUUAAAAUAUGCAAUGAACAUGUCAAAUAGCAGAUUAUACUCAGCUGAAGAGAAAUUGGCAAACGAUUAAAAAAAGAAACAUUGCCAUCAAGUCGAUUCCAGCCCAUAGCAACCCUAUAGGACAGAGUAGAACUACCCCCAAAGGGUUUCUCAGGAGCAGCUGGUGGAUUCGAACUGCCAAACUUUUGGUUAGCACCUGAGCUAUUAACCACUGUGCUACCAGGGCUCCAAACAAGAAGAUAGAGCUUAGCAAAUUACAUGGAAUUCAGUAUAGAGUAUAGAGAGAGAUGAAAAAUAUAAAAGAAUUGGUGAGAGACAUAUAGAUUAAAAUAAGUAGAGCAAACAAGUUUAAUAGGAGUGCCAGAAACUCAAAAAAGAGAAAAUUGAAGAAAAGCAAAUACUCGAAGAUAUAAUGGCUCAGAUUUGACUGAGACAUGAGUUAUCACAUUUAUCAGUUGCUGUCAAGUCAAUUCCAAUUCAUGAUGACCCCACGUGUGUCAAAGUAGAACAGUGCUCCAUAGGGUUUUCAGUGGCUAUGUUCUUGCAGAAGUAGAUUUCUACACCUUUCUUCCAAG